UCCGCCCGGGCGCGGCGGGGCGCGGCUUACCUGAGCGGCGGCGCCGCGGAGUGGGAGCCUUCGGGCAAACCCCCAGAGCCGCCGUCGGGCCACGGGCAACAGCGACCGGCACACUGCGGCGGCCGCCAUGUCGGCUGCGGAGGAGCGGGAGAAGCACUUCCGGGUCGUGACUCCAAGCCCCCAGCGGGAGGCUGGCCCCACCGUGCGGCAGCCAUGGGAAUUACAGCCUCAGAAGCUGUCCUGGAAGGAUGCUGCUCUGGACCUCGUACCUCCAACCCCUUCCCCCUCCAGCUCCCGCUCCAGUUCAUACCAAGUAAUCCGAAUCGGAAGUUUCUCCAAAUAUUUCAUCAUGAAGGGGAUUCGUCUAUUGACACGGCUGGUCUUGGAGUCACUCUACAACAAGGGUGGCCUUAAAUUUCUGAUGGAUUACAGCUCACCAAAGGACAUGGAUGAAAAUGAAAACAGCCAGUCUCCAAUGACAAGCUAUCAAUAUCCUAAAGAAACAGUAAGGAAGCGCCAAAAUUCAGUACAGAAUUCAGGAGGAAAUGUGUCUUCCAGGUUUUCCAGGAAAAGCUUCAAACUGGAUUAUAGACUAGAGGAAGAUGUAACUAAAUCGAAGAAAGGAAAAGAUGGGAGAUUUGUUAACCCAUGGCCAACAUGGAAAAACAUCUCUAUCCCAAGUGUUCUUAGAUGGCUGAUAAUGGAGAAAAAUCACAGCAGUGUUCCAGGUUCCAAAGAGGAACUUGACAAAGAACUCCCUGUGCUUAAGCCAUAUUUUGUCAGUGACCCUGAAGAAGCUGGAGUGAGAGAGGCUGGCUUACGAGUCACGUGGCUGGGACACGCAACGCUGAUGGUGGAAAUGGAUGAGCUCAUAUUCCUUACAGACCCCAUGUUCAGCUCCCGCGCUUCUCCCUCACAGUACAUGGGUCCAAAGCGAUUUCGCCGUCCCCCGUGUACAAUAAGUGAACUUCCCCGAAUCGAUGCUGUCCUUAUUAGUCACAACCACUAUGACCACCUGGACUAUGGCUCUGUCCUCGCUUUGAAUGAGCGAUUUGGCAGUGAGUUGAGAUGGUUUGUGCCUUUGGGUCUUCUCGACUGGAUGCAGAAAUGUGGCUGUGAGAACGUGAUUGAGCUGGACUGGUGGGAGGAGAAUUGCGUCCCUGGCCAUGAUAAGGUCACCUUUGUCUUCACGCCUUCCCAACACUGGUGUAAAAGGACCCUCAUGGAUGACAACAAGGUUCUGUGGGGCAGCUGGUCUGUGUUGGGGCCCUGGAAUCGAUUCUUCUUCACUGGGGAUACUGGUUACUGCCCUGCUUUUGAAGAGAUAGGAAAGAGGUUUGGUCCCUUUGACCUUGCAGCUAUUCCCAUUGGAGCUUAUGAACCAAGGUGGUUUAUGAAAUACCAGCAUGUUGACCCAGAAGAUGCUGUAAGAAUUCACAUUGAUGUUCAAACGAAGAGAUCUGUGGCAAUUCACUGGGGAACUUUUGCCUUAACUAAUGAGCAUUACUUAGAGCCUCCAGUGAAACUGAAUGAAGCUCUAGAGAGAUACGGACUUAAAAGCGAAGAUUUCUUUGUCCUAAAGCAUGGAGAAUCAAGAUACUUGAAUACUGAUGAUAAAGCUUUUGAAGAAAGAUAAAAAUGGAAAUUUUCAGUGAAAACAAAAGAGAAGAUUAAGAAAUUCACAAAUAUUAUGACAUUUUUCACGUGGAAACAACUUCUGCAAGUGUGCGUUUUGUUUUGCAUUGUAACUUGCCAAUCGAUAAGACUCAUUUACAUAAACUGAGAGUCCAGGGAGGGUUAUUUAAGGAACUGUCCAAUGUAGACUUAAAAAAAUACCAAUGACACAAACAUUAUAUAUAUGUCAUAUAUAUAAUCAAAACACUACAUUUUAGUGGUGGUAGAAUUUCUGAGGUUGUAAAAAGCUGAUAUUAAAGUUUCAUUUCUUUUUCUGUUAUUCAGGGCUUUCUACAAAGCCCUACUUAGAGUUUUCAGACACACACACCUUUCUUAUAUUCAUAUUAUAAUGAUGAACAUGACUUCCACAUGCUGAGUAAAUGCUUCAGGUUUUACUGUCAGGAUGAGCUGCCUGUCAUGGUGAUGCACAUCUACAAUCCCAGCACUCCAGAGGAUGAGGCAGAUAGAUGACAAGUUCAUAGUCAACCAGAGCUACAACUAAGACCAUGUCUCAGGAGGAAACAUUAGCUUACAUGCCAAAUGUUAAGUGAUUUACUUUGUUAAGCAUAAGAACGUAGGUGUUUGGGCUAAAUUAUCAUUUAAAAAUUUUUUUAUUGUGGCCAAAUAUACAUUGCAUAAAAUUAUAAUUUUAGCUAUAGUGAAAAGAAGCUCCUUGGCAUUAACAAUUCACAUUCUUCUGCAUCUAUGCACAUCUUUACUUAAGUUUCUAAGAGGGCAAUAUCUACACAGCUGCACCCCAAGUUAAAAGCUGACGGUCAGAGAACAGUGUGGGGUUGAGACGUAGGGGAAGUUUAAAUUUCAAAGUCAGACAUUCUGCUAAGCACAACUGUAAUUACAGUGAAGUAUUUCACACACCAAAAUGUGAAUACAUCAUGCACUUGGAAUUAAGUUUUAUUUUUUCAUUUUCCAUUUUCCAUUUUCUGUAUAUAUAUACUUUUUCCUGUUCUCUAGGCUCUAAUCCCAAAUAUAACAAUAAGUAUGUUUUACAUGACUUGGAUGUGUUACAUAUUUUUAUAUUAAAUGACCUAUAAGCACAAUUGUACUUUUUAGUAAGCCAUUGUGAAAUUACAGUUGUUUUUAAAGCUUC